AGGAUACACAACAACCCCUGCUACCCCAAAACUCGACUACCCCCAAGACCCCAAAAUCUGCAGACGUGGUACCGACUCACAAUAUAACCCCCGACUCAGUCGAUACUUCUUCUGUCUUCGAACCAGAGAAAAAUAACCGAACAAUUGAAGAAACGAAGGUAGAUAUACAAGCCAAAGAAUCUCUUGCUCUACCAAAGGCGAAUCACGAAAAAAAGACCACACAAGACAAGAAAUUAGAGAAGCACUUGCGAGCAGAUCAGAAUACAAAGUCAACUCCGGAUAGUAAAAAACGUAGUCCGUUUCGGAAAUUUUCUCUAGGCCCGUUAACUAGGAGAUUUGGAUCAAAAAAUCAACUGAAAUUUGAAUCUGUUCAGAGUUUUACAAGUAUAAAGGCAACAACAACCACACUUGACGGUGUGCGUGAUCAUAUUUCAUAUCCUGGUCAUGAAACUAAAGUAUUAGCGAGUCCAAAUUCAAUCUUGAAGCGACAAAGUGUGCAGACCGAGAACAGCCAAGAGACAACUUUUGAAUAUUUAAAUCGCAAAUCAACGUCUAUGGGAAAUGUGAAUACAAUCAACAAAAAAUCGUUAGAAAGCCAAAGUCACGUGCUGCCUUUGACCCCUACUGAAAUCUACGCCCAGAAGAAGACUUUUGAACACGCAACAGAUGAUUUUAAGCCUUCAAAUUACAAGCAAAACACAAAGAACGAAACCAAGCCAAAGUCAGGGUCAUCCAAGUCGAAUCUUGUAGGACGCAAGUCGGUUUCCAGUAAUCAGUUGAGCUCAAAGCAAGAAAGAUUCACCCCAAAAGUCGUAGGUGUUGUUCUGAAAAAUAACGACGUUUCUUUGGAGAAGCUGACAAAUGCAAACCCUGCAUCUAAACCUGCAGAAUUUCCGAGGGUGGAAGGCGAAUCUGUAGAGACAGAUCAAAGUCGUCCGAUUAAUGUGCUUAAGCGAACACAGUCUGAUGGACCAGCACGCUGGAAUAAAUCGAUAGAAAUUGACUCCAGUUCAGAGAGCAUUAAAAACGAUCGAAAUGAGAGCGUAGUUUCGCAAGUACAACGAAAAACAUCCACCAAAAUGAGGACUGAGUUGAUUCGCAGCGAUGCGGUGUUGCCGAAGAUCUGCAUGAAGGAUGACGUGUUCAACACGUUUGAUCGUCAUAAGACAGGACACAAUGAAACUUGGGAAACCAUUUCCACCGACUCUGACCAUAAACUAUUCCUCCACAAAAGUAGGAGCGUUGAAAAACCUCCUGUUGUGAAGACUCACCACCAUGUCGAAAGGAGUGCUAGUGAACCAAAAUUCAUGCGCAGCUCCGGAAGGUCUUGGAAACCUGCCAAGGCAGUUCAGGAGUCUCAAAUGGCACCGAUCCUCUUCGACCACAUGAACAAGCAUCAACAACUAGUUUGUGAGGAAGCUGGGGUACAACUGAAUUUCCAACGAAAUCAAAUGAUGGGAAAUCGUAAACUUCUCGUGACAGACCUCGACUCGUUUGGUGACCAGCUUGAUCAACGAACAGCUUUACGUUCAUCCAUCAGUCUCGACAGCUCUGACUCUGCUCACCAGUCCCUUAGUCGCAAACACAGUUCGUCUAGCCAGACCUCCGGUCAAAGUCGACCAAGAAGUAUUUCGUUCGAAGGAACCGAUAUUCGGGAGUAUCCCGUGAGUCAAUACCGUCCAGAAACCGAAAAGAUGAUCGCUGAAGCCAAAAAACGACAGAAAGAAGAAGAAACAAAGAAAAUUCAAACGACUGCGCAUUCUUUUGAUGAAGCUAAAUCAAAAGUCUCACGAUUAGGCAAAUCGUCGAAGGCUAAAUCCAACGAGUUAAAGUUGCUUGAAGCUAAAAUGGGCAAACAAGAUUCAUUGCCGGUACAACAGUACUCGUCAUACGAGCAAACGAAUCCACCCGUGAAGAAUCAACCGCUGAACAACGAAGUCCUCAUCCGAGAAGAUCGGUUGGUUGCCAACCCGAUCUACCAGAGUCUGUCUGACGAAGAAUAUGGCGGACAGCCUGCAAGGCUUGCUGAUAAUGCUCAAAGUAAGGAUCGAAUGAGGGACAAUAAAAAUCAGCAGGAUGGGAAUAUCUUGAAUGAGAAUGAGGCACGCAAAGACACAUAUGCGAUGUUUCCCCCCAAAAUUCGACUCGCACAAAAUAUGGAGACGAAAGAAGUGGCUGCACUUCAGGACAACUUUGCGUCCCAGGCUACUUCGAGAGCAUCAUCUCGACAAGGGUCUAUUUCUCAGCACCACUGUAACCAUCCUGACCACAGACCUCUGGCUGCCAAUGCUUCCAACGCGAGUUACAUCUCGAAUUAUUCUCAUGGUUAUCCCGCUAGUUUAGCUGUCCAGGCAGCUCCUCUGGGACGUAGGUUAUCUGCCCAGGACGACUGGAAAGCACGAUACAUGGCCGCCCAAUACCAUAAUGGAAUGGUACCACCUCACCCCGCUGCCUAUCCAUUGUGCCCUCAUGCACAUGCGUACGGCUAUCCGCAGUACCCUCAAAUUCUGCCGCAGUUACCGCCGUUCUACAUACCGGUCACUCACACACACCAAAUCUCCCCACCCAUUCUGAGCUCAUCGAUGCUGAACAUCUAUCAUGAGAUGAACCAAGGGAACCAACUUCACCCUGCCGCCUACCAUCAACAUGGGACUUCAAUGUACCGGAAUGCAAACCUCGCUGCGUACCAGAGAUACCGAGCGCAGCACCUCAUGGACCAACCUGAUGUCGGACCACUCCUUCAACCUGCUCUGAGGGUACCACCUGGAAUGGAACCACAACCGCAAACUAUUGACCCCAAAGAGAAAAAUGCAAAACUCGUCUACCAUUGGGCUUCCCAGAGACUAAAUCACGAAUCUCCAGCGGUUCAAGCCAGAUACCGACGCCAAAUUCCAGUUUUUGAAGCCUACCUGCCCCUGGAUUUUGACCAACCUCGUCCAAUGCCUCGCGCCCGACCGCAGCGUCCAGCUGUAGAGGUAGAACCCGAAGAAAACCUCAAGGCUUAUUUGCUGCGAAAUAAUUACAAGCGCCAGCCACAUGGCGUAGGCCUAAUAGCCGUGCACCCUCACGCAGCCACCAGUCGGGCGCCGGUCGCCGAGGAGGACGCAGGCGUCAUGUCGGAGGCAGAGACGUCGUCCACAGGUCGUGGCCGCCACAUUAAAGUGCGCGGGACUCUGCCCAUUGUUAAAACCCACAGUAAAACCCUCGAGAGGCCCAUGGGUCAGUGCUAG